UUACAUGUGAUCGGGGAGUUAGAAGAGCCCCCGCUCGUAGCUUUGCCCGGGGUCGCUGUCGCCGCCGGGUUUGCCUUUGUCGUCGGGCUCGCCGCAAGGCGCCCCUUCGCCUUCUCCGCCAUGGCUCGCACCUUGAAGGAGGAAGGCUACACCAGUCCGCGCCGAGGGAGACGCAGUCGCCGCCCCAGGCACCACCGUAAACUCACCACCCCCGUUACCAAAACCCUAACCCUAGCGCCGUCUGGGAGAUCGCCUCGCGAUCGCCCUUCAGUCGCCGCUUAACGUUUCGUACGUGGUGGACCCAAAUGCGCGUUGAUGUUGACUUAACGUACAGUGAUGGCACGCUUGGUGGUCCGUAUCAUCACCUUUCCUAUGGAUGGAGAAAGGUCGGCCGCAGUCAACGGCGCGCACGACCCCCUCAUUCCGCACGGCCAAACGUGCCGCACCCCGUCCCAUCACAUCCCCACCGUCCGUGGAGACACGCGUCGACCGAUCCACCGCGUCGCGGGCUUCUCUCUCCCAUUUCCCUCGCCCUUCUUCCGCUCCUUCCCACCGAAGCCACCACCGCCCACCCCUAAACCCGACCCUCCGCCCGCUUCCAGACCCUUCUCGAGCUCGCUCCCGCCUCUCGCCAUGGGGAAGAGCCGCCGCGGCGCAGGGGGAGGGGCGAGGGGGCCCGCGCCGGCGGCGAGCGCGAGCGACGUCCAGCGAGCCGCGGCGGCGCUCGCCCUCGCCGAAGCCGCCGCCCUCCACGGGUUCGAGGUCACCGACGUCGGUACCGGCGGCUGGUCGCCGCAGAUGCAGUUCCUCCUCGCGUGCUCGCAAGGCGACCUGCGCCGGGCCAAGGCCUUGGUAAAUGGCAUGGACAAGGAUGACAGGGAGUCGCUUGCCUCUGUGAGGGUCGAGGGCUGUGGGGCGUUGCAUUCCGCAGCAGGCGCGGGUGAUAUGGCCAUCUGCAGGUACCUGGUGGAGCAGCUUGGAUUUGAUGUCGACUCGGAUGCUAGCUCUGGUUCGACACCCUUGUCUUUCGCGGUGGCGCAUGGGGAAAUGACUGCUGCAAGGUAUUUUCUUGAAAAAGGUGCUAAUCCCAACACAAAAAGUUCCUCCACCGGCACGACUCCUCUGCAUGAAGCAGUAGCAACAGGCUGUGAUGAAAUUACACGACUGCUGCUAUCGAAAGGAGCUAAUGUUGAGGCACCUUCUCCUCAUGGGACACCUCUAGUUGCCGCUGCAGCCCAUGGGAAGUUCAAUGCUAUGAAGAUUUUGCUGGAGCACCAUGCAGAUCCGAACAAAGUCUCAUGGGACUUUGGUACACCCCUGACCACAGCACUCUAUGCUACUCCUGACAGAAUGAAUGAGUCCACUUGCUUAGCGUGCGUGAAACUUCUUGUCAAGGCUGGCGCGGAUGUCAAUUGUACAAUUCCUGAAACUCCAUUGGCAAUAGCAACUAACAAUGGUUUAACCACAUGCUUUAAAUACUUGUUGGAGGUUGGCGCCAAUAUCAAUGUUCCAGCUAACCAGGUUAAGAAAAGUGACAGUGAUAGCAAAGCUCCACUGAAAUCAAGCGGUGCAAAAGCUGUUAGGGGGAAGAACUAUGUUGCUGCAUCAAGAUUGUGUUCUGAGGGCAAGUCAAGUGACAAAGAUAGGAAGGCUCGGCUGAAAUCACUAGGUGCAAAAGCAGUUGAGGGCAAGGACUAUGCCGCCGCAUCAAAAUUUUACACAGAGGCAAUCAAGCUGGAUCCGGCUGACGCGGUGUUGUAUUCGAACAGGAGCCUUUGCUAUCUGAAGUGUGGUGAAGCACAUGACGCUUUGAUUGAUGCCAAUGCUUGCAUAAGUCUGGACCCUAAGUGGCAUAAAGGUUACUACCGGAAAGGAGCCGCCCUUAUGUCUCUUCUGGAGUACAAAGAGGCCUCUGAUGCGUUCUCGGCUGGAAUGAAACUGGAGCCUAACAACAAGGAGAUGCAGGAGGCGCAUAGGGAGGCAGUUGAGGCAAUGAGGAAGGAACAGUCUGAGCCGAGUCUCUACGCACUGGAUUAGUUCUUCAGGAGUGCUUCUGCUUCCACAGUAGUCUUUUUUGAAUGUUCGUUCUGUGUAUAUAUACCUGUAAAAAGGUAGAACGUACUUGUGUAGUGGUUUUGCAUGUUACGAUCCAAAACGCUCUUUGGAUGCUGGGAGCUCUUAUCAGCACAUGAAACUGUUACCAAAUGCCGCUCGGCAGUCGGCAUGUCUUCU